AUGAGUCAGACUGGAACAACUGGAACAGGAACGACUGCCCCAGAAACCGGAACAGGAACAGGAACCGGAACAACAACCGCGAGCACCCCAGGAACUCAGGAUGCGUUCGCGAGCCCCCAGAACGCCUUUUCAAAUCUUUUAGCGCACGUUGUCUCUUCAAUGUCGCUCCACCAGCAGGAGAACGUUGACGGGCAAGGUGGCGUUGGUGUCGGAGGACAGAACCUCCCACCACCCGAGGAACGCUACCGCACGCAACUAGAACAACUCACGGCGAUGGGAUUCGUCAACAGAGAAGCCAAUAUUCAAGCUUUGAUAGCGACUUUCGGGGACAUUAAUGCCGCCGUCGAAAGAUUACUUGCCAACGGGCAAGUUUCGAUGAGCUAA